AACUCGUAUGUGAGUUAUGAAACACAACACCUAACCGUAAAUAACAAUAUACAACCAUCUCCAUUACAAGUUUAAAUUCCCAAUCUCCAUUUCUCCUUCACUUUCAAUUCACCUUGAUUGUUUAAUCGAUCUACUUUUGUGAACCUCACAGAAAAUCAUCGUAUAUACAAUUCAAUACUAUAACCCCACAAAGGUCCAUUUGAAUAAAAGAGCCUAGGGGAUCAAUAUAUCAUCACGUACUAUAUUACAAAUUAUACGAUGGCGAGUCAUUUCUUCCUUGUCUUCAUUUUCGUAAUUCUAACCGUGGCUAAUGGAAUUUCAGCAGCUGAUUCUGAAAAGUCUCAAUCGCCAUCUUCAUCAAAGACUCUUGCUGACAACAAACCAACAGUAGAUAACUCUACAAAGAGUUUGAUUGAUAGUCUUGGUCCAUCUCAAGAUUAUCCGGAUUACGAAAUCCCCUUAGAACUUGCACCAGACGGUGUUGUGGUGGUGGGGGAUUACGCGCCCAUUAGUCCAAGAGGAACCCCCGAUACGCUUGCUCAAUCUGAAGCGGAUCAGGAUGUCAAAACCUCGACAUCUAGCUCCGCCUCUAGAUCUUCUUCAACCGUUUUGGCUAUUGUUGUUGUGAUGGGAGGAGCCAGCUUAUUUUUCUUUUGAAACGGAGAAGAUUAAUGAUAUGUUGUUCUAUCAAUCAUAGAGUGUGAAACAUGAGAUAUUUUUCUCUUUGUGUAACAUCAAAUUCAAUUGUGCGUUGGACUUUUUAAUGUCAUUUUUUAAUGUCAACGGGAAUUUUCUUUAAUAAAAUUCUAAAAUAUCACAAUCCGAGUGUG